AAACAUCGAUGUCAUCGAUGUCAAAAUCGCUGUUCUUCCACCUCUAUACUCUUGCAAGAAACAAAACAAUCUUAAAACUUAGUCAAUUCAGUAUCAGGUGGUUCAAGUUGUGAAGGAUCCACUACCAGAUCCAAGCCAGUGCGCGCCUUACCGCUUACCAGGAAUACGAGAGACAGCUACUUUAGCCAACGAGUUUUGCCAAACUAAAGCUACGAAAAUGACGCAGGACAUGCUGCUGGGCAACGAGGAGCCGAGCAAGAGCAAGGAGACUUUCCUGGAGAAGUUCUGUGUCCUGGCCAAAUCGUCCUCCGGCGAAGCCCUGCUGGACGUGAUUCGCCAAGCCCUGGAAGCCCCGAAUGUCUUUGUUUUUGGGGAGCUACUGGCGGAACCCUCCGUAUCGCAGCUAAAGGACGGCCCGGAUGCCAAGCACUUCGAGACCCUGAACCUCUUCGCCUACGGAACCUACAAGGAGUACCGCGCUCAGCCGGAAAAGUUCAUAGAACUGAGUCCCGCCAUGCAGAAAAAGCUGCAGCACCUGACCAUUGUCUCACUGGCCAUCAAGGCGAAGAGUAUUCCCUACGCCCUGCUGCUCAGCGAACUGGAGAUCGACAAUGUCCGCCACCUGGAGGACGUCAUUAUUGAGGCCAUCUACGCAGACAUCAUCCACGGAAAGCUGUUCCAGAACACACGCAUUUUGGAGGUGGACUACGCCCAGGGCCGCGACAUUCCGCCCGGAUACACUGGCCAGAUCGUGGAAACCCUGCAGGCUUGGGUCAACUCCUGCGACAGCGUCUCCAACUGCAUCGAAAUGCAGAUCAAGUUCGCCAAUGCCGAGAAGUCCAAGAGGCUGGUGAACAAGGAGCGUGUGGAACAAGAUCUCAUCAACCUUAAGAAGGUACUCAAAAGCCAGACCUCUGACAGUGACGAGAGCAUGCAAAUCGACACCCAUGGACCAGGAACUAGCAGUGGAUUGGGUCAAUCGGAGCUGCGCAAGAAACCCUCGAAGCUGAGGAACCCACGCAGUGCAGCAGUUGGUCUGAAGUUCGGCAAGUGAGAUGAGGCCGGUCGAGCGGAUGAGGGGUCAGGAGCUGGUUCGAACGGAGCCAGGCGUCGCUCAAGGUCGCAGGCAACCCCGCGUGGCACUUGAGGACCGUUCCGCUCGCUGUCGGAGGAACUCUUCUUCCAAGCCCAUCACUUCAAAACUCACUUCGAUUCGCCAGAACAAAUGCCGGCUGUCCUCGUAAUGGAUUCCAUAACUACCAUCAAAUUUAUCAUCAAUAAAUAGCGGAUACAGAAACUGUAAUAAUAGAAACUAUGCAUCAAAAUUCGUA